AAAACCGAAUACGGGUUUAUAGGCUAAUCCCACGAUAGAUUUCAACCCCACAUUAGAUUUUCAAAAAAUGAACAGCCUCACAUCUUCUUCGCCAGGACUCACCAUCCAAAACCCUAGUAAACUCUUCUCUCACUACUCUCUCUCUUCCCACAACUUCACUCGCUUCAAUGUCAAACCCCUUUCUCACUCUACAGCCAAACCUUCAACCCAAGGACUCUCCUUGAAAUGCCGACACUCUGAAUACUACGAACAACAGCAACAGAGACUCGCCCCAGCUGACUCUUCCUUCGCUCCCCAAUCAGCCCCUAGGGUUUUUGUUGGUCACUCGAUAUACAAAGGGAAGGCAGCUCUUACGGUGGAGCCACGGCCUCCAGAGUUCACGCCUUUAGAUUCAGGGGCGUAUAAGCUGUCCAGGGAAGGUUAUGUGAUGCUUCAGUUUGCUCCUGCUUCUGGUGUUCGUCAAUAUGACUGGAACCGAAAGCAGGUAUUUUCAUUGUCAAUGACUGAAAUUGGAACUCUAAUUAGUCUUGGUGCAAGGGAUGCAUGCGAAUUUUUUCAUGACCCUAAUAAAGGGAGAAGUGACGAAGGUAAGGUGAGGAAGGUGUUGAAGGUGGAGCCCCUUCCAGAUGGCUCUGGCCAUUUCUUUAAUCUCAGUGUUCAAAACAAGCUACUAAAUUUGGAUGAGAGCAUUUACAUCCCUGUUUCCAAAGCAGAGUUCGCAAUCCUCAUCUCAGCAUUCAAUUUCAUCGUGCCAUACCUAUUAGGUUGGCACAACUUUGCAAAUUCUAUAAAGCCAGAAAAUACAAGCCGUACGAAUAAUGCAAAUCCCAGAUCAUCAGACUUUGAAUGGAGCAGAUAGCCAGGGAUAGUCUUCGCUGUAAGGUUCCCUACAACAUGGGACUGUGGAUAGCCGUAUGAUUUCCUCUCCUGUUGGUGUUAUAUUGUACUCCUGUUGUGAGUUCCUUGGCUUUACUUUUGCUCUGUUGGCCUGUUACUGGGAAAAUUCUCCCAAAAAUUUUGGCAGAUUUUUUUUUUGGUUAGAAUGUUGAAAUCAGAUUGGGUUUUUUUGAA